AUGGCUCGGAUGACGCGUUCCAGCAAAAAAGAAGUCGUGGAUUCGUCUUUCGGAUCGAAGCGAACAAUUUCGACGACGCUGAGAGAAUUUUUUUAAUGUGGGUUUUUGUGAAAACAUUGAACAUCGAGUAAAAUUGUGAAGUUUAGAAUUUUCAUGUGACUCGAAACGUCCAAAGCGUCAUUUCGAGGCGUUCCCGGACGUUUUUUAUUGAUUUUCGAAGACAUCGCUAGUUUUGAUGCUAUCAAUAUGGAAUAACGGCUGGGAAUGCUUGGAUCCUUCGUUUUGGACGUUUCGAAAUUGAGAAACUUUGGGAUUUUCAGUUGUUGGUUAUUUAUUGUGAAACUAAUUUUUUUCUUCUUUCCUCAUAUCUAAUGAAUAAAAAAUAGCGAUUCUGCAUCAUUAUUUGACCAGAAAAUUAUGGGUUUUUGUUGUAAAAGUACAUCUUUUGUCGUUUUCAACGUAGUUGACUAUUUUUUGAAGACUCGAAACAACAUCAUUUACAGUGAAUUCAUUUGCUUUGGAAAAUUCUGAAAUAGCAAAAUUUUAGAAGCGUUUCCGUGUAAAAGAGCACAAAAUCGCUUGUAAACAGUGUAUUUUUGAGGCAAAAAGCAGUGAAGGGUACUCCUUGAAGCACCCUCCUUUCAGCAAUUAAAUUGCUUCCAUUUCAUUCGCCUCAACUUCUAAACUUUUGUCUCGAACGUUGUGCCUCGUUCAGAGUGAUUUCGUGGUUUCCACUCGGCAAACUUGUGAAAAAGCGAUAUUUUUCAAGGUUUUCCAAGUGGAAAUCCCGGAGUCACUCUGAACGAGGCAUCACUUCGAGGCCAAACUUGUAGUUGCUCGAAAAAAAGAAAGUUUUCGGGGUGUACGAGCCCCUUUGCCACCAACGAACAUAAAUUCUUGAAGAAGCGCGCCAGGAAACGGACGCCACCAGAUCGAUCGUUGGUGACGUCCACACCCGGCGCUGUACUCCAAGAGUCUCUGCAAGUUGGGAGGCAAAUGCUUGGCUGGGAUUCGAACCCGAGUCCCCAGAUCGAGGGACGAGUUGCCUCGCCACUCUACCAAGCCCGCACGAUCGUUCCACGAGUCUCGGCGCCCCAUACCGCCGCUGGUCCCCGAGUGCCCGAGUGUUGGCUUGGGUCGAGAGGCGCCGUUUGA